ACACCACCAUCACUCCCUCAUUCUCCCCACAUCACACUUGAGUGCUCCUCCUCACUCUCCUCCACAACCAUGGCCACCUCCAACAUCCUCCCUAAUUACCUCCUCCUCCUCUUCUUCUUGUUGUUCUACUUCUCCGCUUCGACCGCCAUUGACAUUCAGAUCCACCACUCCACCCCUCCUUCAUCCGCCGACUCGCCGCUGAGUUCAAUCCUUCAGCUGGCGCGCUCCGCCGACCCGGCGCGCCUCUCCCUCCUCUUCUCCCAGAAGAAGACCUCGGGCGGUACCUCCGUCCCCAUCGCCUCCGGGCAGAACCUCCUCCAAACCCCCUCCUACGUCUUGCGCGCCUCUCUCGGCUCCCCUCCGCAGGCCCUCCUCCUCUCCCUCGACACCGGCUCAGACUCUGCCUGGCUCCCCUGCUCUCCUUGCUCCUCCUGCACCCCCGCCGCCCCUCCCUUUUCCCCCUCCAACUCCUCCUCCUUCUCCCCGCUCCCCUGCUCCUCCCCCUUGUGCCCCCUCCUCAAUGCGGCCUCCCAACCACCUUGCUACGCACCCUCCUCGUCGCCGUGCUCCUACUCCCAGUCCUACGCCGAUUCCUCCUUCACCGCCGCCCUCUCCCGCGACUCCCUCCGCCUCGCCCUCGACGUCAUCCCCAACUACGUCUUCGGCUGCGUCACCUCCGUCGCGGGGCCCACCAUCCCCAAACAGGGCCUCCUCGGGCUGGGCCGCGGGCCCCUGUCCCUCCUUUCCCAGACCGGCGACCUGUACAAGGGCGUCUUCUCCUACUGCCUCCCCAGCUACAAGUCCUACUACUUCUCCGGGUCCCUCCGGCUCGGCCCGGCCGGCCAGCCCCACUACGCCCGGUUCACUCCACUGCUGAAGAACCCGCACCGGCCCUCGCUGUACUACGUGAACAUGACCGGGAUCAGCGUGGGCCGGGUCAAGGUCGUCGUCCCGGGCCAGCCCGGUGCCUUCGGGUUCGACCCCGCGACCGGGGCCGGCACCGUGGUCGACUCGGGCACGGUCGUGUCGCGGUUCACCGCCCCUAUCUACGCGGCGCUGCGCGAGGAGUUCCGGCGCCAGGUCAACGCGUCGGGGGCCGGGGGUUUCUCCUCGCUCGGGGUGUUCGACACGUGCUUCAGCACCGACGAGGUGGGGGCCACCCCGCCGAUCACGCUCCACAUGGACGGCGGCGUGGACCUGACGCUGCCCGUGGAGAGCACGCUGAUCCACAGCAGCGCCACCCCGCUCGCCUGCCUCGCCAUGGCCGAGGCCCCGCCCAACGUCAACGCCGUCGUCAACGUCCUCGCCAACCUGCAGCAGCAGAACCUGCGCGUCGUGCUCGACGUCGCCAACUCCAGGGUCGGGUUCGCCCGCGAAUUAUGCAACUGAUCCGGCCCGCUUUCCUUUGUUCGGGUUUCGGAUCCGUAUCGGGUGACCGUAAUAAUUGGUGUGGGAGUCACGGGGUGCACGUCGUAAGGACGUUUGUCCGUACGUAGGGGGGGUGUUUUUGUUUUGUAUCUGCAGGGCGCCUAGGCUCUGAGUGUCAUUUUUUUGUUUUUCUGGUUUGUUUGCAUGUGGGUCCCUUUUUUCUUUUUUUUUUUUUUCUUCCUUUUUUUUUUGGGGGUUCGGACGUUGUGCGUAAGCUGGUGUAAUACUGUAAUCUCGAGCUUGUGGCUAUCAUAAUUCUAUCUUAAUUUAAACAGAAUCCCAAAAAGAAAAUGAGGAGC